ACAACUGGAACGGCUAAAGCUUGAAAAUCCUGAAAGGCGAGUGAUCUUGAUACAAUUCGGCACGGAGGUGACCAUCAUAGGGGAUGGAAGUCAGGAACCGUUCCAAGUCGACAGGAAUAUCAGACACUCAUUUGACAAUCUUAUAAGUAGUGGCCAACAAUAUGCGCAGGAUAUGGACAUCCGUACCCUGGGAGAAAGUCAUAAUGUCAUUACAGAGAAAAUUAAUAACAUGCGGCCAAAGGAUAGAACAGCCCUCGGACCAGCGCUAGCAACAGCUCUCGGCAUGAUUACCGGAUGUCAGGGUUCAGAGGUUAUUCUGUGUACUGAUGGUGCCCCAAAUAGUGGUGUCGGUAAAAUGAACAGCCCUGACUCCAGUUGUAAAGAUUAUUACACUAUGGUCGGUAACUACGCUAAACGAAAUGGAAUUGUUGUUUCUAUCCUGGCUGUUGACGGGGAACCUGUCGGACUUGAGAAUGUGUCUCCAUGUGCCAAUAUUUCUGGUGGAAACGUUGAUGUCCUUGACCCUCUUGAGAUUAUGAGACAGUUACGUCUGAUCUCCCAAAACUUCAUCGUGGCAACAUCUGUGUGUAUGGAAUUCCAUCUUCACCCUGAACUUGAGGUGGAUGAUGAUGACUUCCCAAAGGGCAGCAGUCGUAUCGUAAAGGAAGUUGGUAAUGCCACCAGAGACACAGAUGUUACAUUCUUUUUCAGACGAAAAAAUACGGAUAAAGAUUUACAAGUGGAUUGUCUCCCUUUCCAGGUUCGUGUAAAUUUUACAAUGAAAGAUGGACGUAAAAUGUUGAGAGUCAUCAGUAAAUCUAUGAACGCCACAAAAGAUCGAGCUAAGAUGGAAGAGGAAAUGAAUGUUGACGUGGUGGGGCUGGCUACGGCACAGAAAACAGCUGAUUUAGCUUCCAAAGGAAAAGUGGCACAGGCAAGAGAUAGAUUGACCUCCGUGAACAGAAUGUUGAACAAAGCAUGCAACUCUGACGAGCAGAAAGAAGCCAGAUACAACUUCAGGACAGAAUGUGCUGAACUCCACCAGGACCUCAACGACCGACUGAGUGGUUCAUACAAAAAAACUAGGAAAAGGUCGGACAUGUCGUCAAGGAUGUACAGUCAUAUGAUGCAGCAAUCACAGUCCAGGUAUGCUGGGGCGUCCAGCUCCCAAAAACAGGAUAUUGCCUCGAAAAGGCGGACGACCGAUGAGAAUGUUCGUCAACAAUAUUACGAAUACCACUCUUAAGUAGUGUAAUUCUGAAAUUAUAAACAGGUCUUCACAACACAGACAAAUACAGUUCAAGAUCUGUGAUUAGUACUAGGUCAUAUAAACAAGAAUGACUGAACUGGUCGACAGUAGAAUGCUCGGACGGUGUUAACCCUGGGUCAUAAAAAUAACAGUUUUUGAUUGAACUGGUCAGACAGUAGAUGUAUUGGACAGUGUUGACCGUGGGUUGUAUAAAUAACAAUGACUUAACUGAUCAACAGUAGAAGUCUUGAACAUUGUUGUCCGUAAUGUGUUAUAACAAUGUUUCUACUGGUCAACUGUAGAGUCUUGGACAGGGUUGACCAUGGUCCAUAUAAAUAACAAUUUUUGACUGAACUUGUCGAUAGUAAAAGUCGUGGACAGUGUAAAUCGUGUAAUAAGUAAUAACAAUGCCUCUAUUUGUCAACAGUAGAAGUCUCGGACAGUGUUGUCAGUGCAAUAUGUAUCAGCAAUGCCUCUAUUUGUCAACAGUAGAAGUCUCGGACAGUGUUGUCAGUGCAAUAUGUAUCAACAAUGCCUCUAUUGGUCAACAGUAGAAGUCUCGGACAGUGUUGUCAGUGCAAUAUGUAUCAGCAAUGCCUCUAUUUGUCAACAGUAGAAGUCUCGGACAGUGUUGUCAGUGCAAUAUGUAUCAACAAUGCCUCUAUUGGUCAACAGUAGAAGUCUCGGACAGUGUUGUCAGUGCAAUAUGUAUCACCAAUGCCUCUAUUGGUCAACAGUAGAAGUCUCGGACAGUGUUGUCAGUGCAAUAUCCAUCAACAAUGCCUCUACUGGUCGACAGUAGAAAUCUUGGACGAUGUUUUGUCAGACCACAAACAUUAAUAAUUCAAGCAAAAAUAUCAAAAAUAUCUAAUGCAUCGAGAAAUGUGUACGAAAUAUGAGAUGACUACUCUCUAGUAGGUAGUAGAUAGGUUAGUAGGACAGUGAAUUUUACCGAUAAUAUUCUGAAAUCACAUUUAAUGUAUUUAAAUACAUUGCAUUAUAGCUUUGUGCGUUUUGCAUUUGUUUUGUUUUCAUUUACAAGUAAUUGUGCUGUUUUCAUAAUGAGGGGUACAUGUACAUUGUUUCAUAGUUCAUUGUUUUGAGGAACAUUCCUUAUUGUUAAUAUAAGUGUGUUAAAGAAAGUCAGAUAAGGUGUAUAUAUUAGGUAAACAAUAACUUGGUUCUCAGGCCCUCCUAAUAUGCUUUGAUUUCAAAACAAGACUCUUAUCUCAUAUAUUGUUCAUGUUUGAAUAAAACAAAAUGAUAUCUAUGUUAUUAUUCUUUAGAAGAAGAAUGUGUGGGAAAAGCAUCACCACCAAUUUUGUCUCUUAUAAUAUAUCUUAUUGUUAACCAUAAAAUUAGAGUACAUGUUCAUUGGUGUAAAGCAAAAACAAUUAGAAGAGAUAUGAUCAAUCAUUGUUUCCCACAUUUUGAAGCAGUUUAUAUGAAAAUGAUUGGUUUCAAAAAUAAAGUAAACAUGCCCUUAUUUUUUAUGAUGAAAACAUAACCAUCACCCUCAUUUCUUAUAAGAAAAAAUAACCCAGAACAAAAUAAUUAGUUUUAUUUAGCCUAGUUUAUGUAUGUGUUAACAAUUAAUUCUACAUGUACAAAUAAAUGUCCAGGUUUGUGAAAAGUUUCAUGUAUGUUUGUCACAGAAACAUUUUUAGUGACUGAAUAUAAUGAUCAGCAUUUUUUCAUUUGUUUUUUUAACGCCUAUAUUUGUAACUUUCGUUUGUGAUAUGAAGAUUGUUUAGUUUCUUUAUUUUUUAUUUACGUACAAGUUUUGAUAUUUUUUUGUUAUUAUUAAUUUUACGUCUAUGUUUAUAACUUUUAAUGUAAAUCUUUGAUGAUAUUGCCAACGGGCUGUUACUUGUACAUGUAACCACUAAUUCUAUAGUUUUGACCUUUUGUGCCAAUGUAGGUUUUAUUUUCUGAUGAUUGAGGAUUUGAAGUUAAAUUUCAACCUACACUGAAUUAUGGUGUAUAUUGCAAUAAAAUGAAAUAUUUUUAUGUGAUGUUAAGUUUUCCACAGCAUUUUUACCCAAAUAAAAUGUAUUUUUUAUAUAUAUAA